AUGGCCGGUUACCUGAUGGCUCACGCACCGGCGUUGCUGGCCGCCGCUGGCGGCGCGCUGGGCGGCGCGGGCGCGGCACGGGCGUUCUCCUGCAGCGCGGCGGCGGCGGGCAAGAAGGUUUGGUUCAGCCACGUCGAGAUGGCGCCCCGCGACCCUAUCCUCGGAGUGACCGAAAAGUUCCUGGCUGACAAGGCCCCCAACAAGAUCAACCUCGGGGUGGGCGCAUACCGCGACGACAACGGCCAGCCCGUGGUGCUGGACUGCGUGAGGGAGGCGGAGCGCAAGAUCGCGGGCAGCGGGUUCAUGGAGUACCUCCCAAUCGGCGGCCUGAGGGACUUUGUGACGGAGAGCGUCAAGCUGGCAUACGGCGACGCGUGCCCCGACCUCUCGACCAUCGCCGCCGUGCAGUCGCUGUCCGGCACCGGCAGCUGCCGCCUCAUGGCCGACUUCCAGCGGCGCUUCAUGCCGCACUCCCAGGUCUACAUCCCAGUCCCCACCUGGUCAAACCACCACAACAUCUGGAAGGACGCCGGCGUGCCCCAGGCGCCCUACCGCUACUACAAGCCCGCCACCAAGGGCCUCGACUUUGAGGGGCUCAUGGAAGACGUAAAGGCGGCGCCCAGCGGCAGCCUCUUCCUGCUGCACGCGUGCGCACACAACCCCACAGGCGCGCCGGGCCGCGCCGCGGCGGCGCCACGCGUCCGGCCCAGCUCCGGCCUCGUCGGCGGCGCCGGACCUUGGCUGCUCGCCACCAUCAUGACCGCCAUGCACUUCCCUGACACAUCACUUCGGGUGGACCCCACCCCCGAGCAGUGGGCCGAGAUCUCCAAGCUGAUGCUUGAGAAGGCUCAUUUCCCCUUCUUCGACAUGGCCUACCAGGUGAACGAUUAUGUUUACCGCGUUUGA